GUAUUAAUGGAUUAGAUAACAAAUUUACUCUUUGAAAAUGGUAGUUGAAAGCAGCCGUACCCCUCCCGGAGAGGACACUUGGGAACCUCUUGAGAUCCGGCCUGUCCAGGUAGUUUCCAGACAUGAGUGGGGGGCUGUGCCCAUGGAGGGGUACCCGACCCCCCUGCAACUUCCUGCACCCUUCGUGACACUCCAGUACACAGGCAGCAAACCCUGUCACGACAAGGAGAAGUGUAUCAAGGCUGUGAGGAAACUGCAGAGGAACCAGAUGUUGAGGGGGUACAACGACAUCAAGUACAGUUUCCUGAUCGGAGCUGAUGGUCGUGUCUAUGAGGGGAGAGGCUGGAACGUUGUCCCAGAAGCGAACAAAAGAUACAAGAAGCUUUAUGGAAGCAGCAUAAAUAUAGCGUUUAUAUGGCGACAUCCUGAACAUAUAAGCUCCAAAAUGCCAGAUUUAAGCAAAGAAUACAUUCUCUUCAGGGAGGAAAUCAAGGAACAAUAUAAAGCCCCACUACCUCUUCCAAACAUGUUCCAUGUACUUUGGGAUCUUCUAGAUUCUGGAGUGAAAAGCAACUACCUUCUAGAAGACUACUCCUUUUUUAAUUCGCAAUAA